AUGUAUGUGAAAUGCUUUGAUACAGUAAUGUUUUUACUAUGUGAUUUUAGCGAAUUUAGUGAAUGUCACUUUUUGUCAUUUUCAAAUUUCCCGCCGUUCUGUCCCCCAUACGUCCCGACGUCGCAAGGGACGGAACCCAGAAGACAGAUGCCGGCAUCCGCCGGAUUACAUUGCCGGGGACACUGCAAGAGGGACAUCGCAGGAGCGUAGGACAAGGUAAGAGAAGAACAGAUCCCUAUGCAGCGCCGCAUGGUAUUCCCGAGUGUAGCUCGGGGUUACUGCUUGUGCUACACUCGGGAAUACCAUCAGGGAGGUUAAUAUAA